AGUCCAUCAAGAGUGGGAAUCUGAAAACUGAAAGUAGAAAUAAGCUCAAGAAAAUGGGCCCUCUAAACCCCUAAUAAAUCCUCACCUCACCUCACCGUUGUCAGAUAGCUUUACUCGAAUCACAGGCCACGACACUCUCACGGAUGGCUGCAAAAUUGCAAGCGAAAGAUGCAGAGGAAUGGACUUACAGAGGAGAAGGAGCUGUGAAUCUAGUUCUUGCUUAUUGUGGAAGCACUCCUCAUUUUGUUGGAAAGGUUUUAAGGAUACAAAAGGUUUCAAAUGAUAGGCGUGAAUGUGAGAAUGGUCAUUCAGCUCUAGUCAACCAUGAAUCCCUCUUGUGGGAAAAAUUUGAAGGCAUAGUUUCAGCACCUACCAAGGAAAUUGCGGAGCAUGUUUAUGUGCAGAAAGUAAUGUGCCCACUCUUGGGAUCAGAGCAUGUUGACGCAGGGAUCCAUGUUCUUGUGUCAAGAGAAUUUUUGGAGGCAGUUGACAACAAGGUUCUUUGCCAGCGUCCAUCAUGGCGUGUUGAUGCUGCCAGAGUUAAUCCCCUUCGUGACUCAGUUCUUCUAAUUGCUGAUCAUUCAGUGUUUCCUCAUGUUUCAGAUUCUCUCAAAGAGGAUUUCUGUGUGUCUGUUGAGAUAAAGCCCAAAGGAGGAUUUCUUCCUACUUCAGAAUUUAUAGCUGAGGGAAAUGCAGUUAAAAAGAGGAUUACUCGAUUUAAGAUGCACCAAGCUCUAAAAUUACAUCAAGGAAAGAUAUCUCAAAUAAGUCAAUAUGAUCCUCUAGAUUUGUUUUCUGGAUCCAAGGAUAGAAUACAAAGAGCAUUUAAAGCCCUCUUUCUUACACCUCAGAAUAAUUUUCGGGUUUUCUUAAAUGGUUCAAUUAUUUUUGGAGGCAUGGGGGGCACUGCAGACAGCACUAGUUCUGCGGUUGCUCAAUCAUUCCAUGAUGGACUUAAACAUGUUAUUUCAGCAAAGGAUGGGAUGCACAUCAAGGGUUUAGUGGAUCUUCUGACUGAAACUAUUUUUAAGUCUGGCUUGUUGAAUCGGCUUCUUGAAGUACAGAAGCUUGAUGCUAUUGAUAUAGAAGGUGCAAUUCAUGCCUACUAUGACAUUAUUUCUCAGCCUUGCGUGGUCUGUCGGAAAAUAGGUGGAAAAAGAUUCUCAGCAAGAUAUUCAUCAAUUCAUUCAAUGCAAAGGGAUGAUAAAGUGAAAAUUGUGAGGGAUUACUUGAUAUCAGCCACUGCAAAGGACUUAAGUAUGAUGAUUAGUUUCAAGCCCAAAAUAAAUAUGGAUGAGGAGUCUCCACAUCGUGCUGUUUUUCUGGAAGCAAGCAAGCAAACCUUUUGUUACAAGGCAUCUUUCAUUGACCUGGACAUGAAACCAUUGAAGAAAAUGGAAUAUUACUAUGAGUUGGAUCAACAAAUAGUCAACUACUAUGUCCAGAUGUUAAAAGAUACAGAUGUGCUUGAUUGUGAGACAACCCAGGAGUCACUGAACGCUUGCACCAGUGUUAUAAAUGGUGAAAUGACAAAUUGAUUGAGGAGCUUAAAAGAAAGAUAUAGAUCAGCUUUCUUUUCUAUGAAGAAAGGGUGUGUAAAUUACUUCAGUAACUUCCAGUCCAUCAGCAACUAAGUUAUGCAGUUCGAUUUGGAGUGAGAAGUUGCUCCUCACUAGAAGAUGAUUGCUCCUCGUGUUCUCUCUAGACCAGUAACUGAAUCUGGAAUGUAAUUCUAUCUGUAACUUGUAGACUUGAUGAAAAUUUCUUGUUCUCAGAAGUGUACCAAUCUUGUUGUUGUAAUUCUGUUCUAAGCUACUCUCAAAGUCUUCAUUAUGUAAACAGCCAGCAAUCAACUUGCCACUCUAUCAAAUUUGUGUUUAUUUAA